UUCCUCCAUCAGAUAAAGAUAAAAAGCUUUCGACUUGACGCUCUUACAGCUAACUUAUUCUCACUGACUGAGAUGAAGUUGAAUUCAGCGUGACUACAGAAAAAGAAAAGAAUUCAUUCAUGGCUGCGUCUCUACCUGAUGACCAUCUAGGGUGGAAUGAGAGUAUUCAUCAAAUACUUUUGGAAGCGCAACAUCGGUGGCUACGGCCUGCAGAAAUCUGUGAAAUUCUGCGCAACCAUGACAAGUUCCGUAUUGCCCAAGAGCCCCAAAACAGGCCACCAAGUGGUUCCCUUUUCCUGUUUGACCGCAAGGUAAUGAGAUAUUUCAGAAAAGAUGGGCAUAACUGGAGGAAGAAAGAAGCUCAUGAGAGGCUCAAGUCUGGCAGCAUUGAUGUGCUGCAUUGCUAUUAUGCACAUGGAGAAGGAAAUGAGAAUUUUCAAAGAAGAACAUAUUGGAUGCUUGAAGAUCUCGUGCUUCACUGCCAUUCGUCAAAUAUCUCAUCCGAGAUUCCAUUUAAAAUUUUUCAGCAGGGGAAUAGUAGGGCGAGCUUCUACCGUGCCAAAGAGACCGCAGAGGCUAUUUCAAAUUCCCCGAAAACAGACGAUGGAGUUGCUCAGAAUUCUGAGAUGGACACUUCUGUUUCAUCCAACUAUCACUCUUACAGUUACCAAAUGGCUACACAGACAACAGAAGACACAGUAAACAUGGCCAGUGGCAAAGCUUCAGAAUACGAGGAUGUAGAGUCAGUGUACAACCAGCAGGCAAGUUCUGGAUUCCAUGCUGUUUUUGAGGGCCAACAGUCUAAUUCAUGCCUAAAUGUGUCCUGUUCGGAUGGUAAUACAGGGAAGCUGCCAGUUGUUUCCUCAUAUGCUCAAACUGGUGAACUCAAAGAUGUUAAUGGUACUGGAUCAGAAUUUGGAUCGCAAAGUCAAGUUGAAUUAUCAUCAUGGGACUUCGGAAACAGUAGUUAUGGAAUUGAGCACAUGCCAAAUGACUUCCAAUCUCCACUAACAGCUGAUACUGCACCAAUUAAUCCCAAACAAGGAGAUAUGUUACUGGGAAACCUGAUUUUAAGUAGCUUUGGUAAAAGGCAGGAUUCUGCAAGUCAUGUGGCAAUCCAAGAACAAUGGCAGCAGGUGCCAGAUGCACACUGUAGUGUGAUGCCUGAGAAAGAAUCUCACCGUGGUUCUUUCAUGAAGGAUCGUUUGUUGGAUGGUUAUGUGGCUGAAGAAAGUCUGAAAAAACUUGAUAGCUUCAAUCGUUGGAUGAGUAAAGAACUUGGAGAUGUAGUAAAUGAGUCACCUGGACAAUCCACUUCUGCUACAUACUGGCAAAGUGUAGAGAGUGAAGCUGGAGUUGAAAAUUCCAGUUUUCUGUCUCAAUCACACUUGGACCCAUAUUUGAUGACUCCUUCCCUCUCCAAUGACCAGCUUUUCACCAUCGCUGAUUUCUCACCAAACUGGGCAUUCGUUGGCACAGAAGUGAAGGUCUUGAUCACAGGAAAAUUCUUGAAGAGCCAAGAAGACCUAGAAAACUGCAAAUGGUCAUGUAUGUUUGGAGAAGUCGAAGUUCCAGUCGAGAUUAUAGCAGAUGGUGUUCUCCGUUGCUAUAACCCUUUGCUAGAGGCUGGGAGAAUCCCAUUUUACAUCACUUGCUCGAACAGGAUAGCAUGCAGCGAAGUACGUGAAUUUGAAUUCCGUGUCAGCAUUGUCCACGAUGUGUGUCCUGCCGAUAGUCACAACACUGUUGAAAACCUCGAGAUGAGAUUUGGAAAGCUGUUGUGCCUGAGUCCAGUUUCCCCUGUGAAGCUCGAUGCAAGAAUUAUAGGUGAAAGUGAAUUUUUCCAGAUGAGCAGUAAACUCAGAUUCCUGCUGAAAGAAGAAGGUGAUCAAUGGGAUUUGAUGGUGAGGUCGACUUCAGAGGAAGGGUUUUCGGCUCAGAAAGUGAAGGACCAGCUACUUCAGAAGUUCUUAAAGGAUAAACUGCAUGAUUGGCUCUUGCAGAAGGUAGCCGAAGGCGGGAAGGGUGCAAGUGUAUUGGAUGAAAGUGGGCAAGGUGUGCUGCAUUUGGCAGCUGCUCUAGGGUUUGAUUGGGCCUUUGAGCCAACGGUCGUUGCUGGGGUGAGAGUCGAUUUUCGUGAUGUCAAUGGGUGGACUGCCCUUCAUUGGGCUGCUUGUUGUGGCAGGGAGCGGACAGUUGCUUCCCUAUUGCAUCUUGGAGCAGCACCUGGAGCACUAACAGAUCCCACUCCUGGAAACCCUACGAGCAGGACACCUGCUGACUUAGCCUCUGUAAAUGGACACAAGGGAAUCGCCGGUUUCCUUGCUGAAUCUGCUUUGACUUCACACUUCACCACACUAGCUCUGGACAAGCAGCAUGGUAGUAAUAAUGGUGUUCCCGCCGUCUCUAGUGCAAAUAAUGUCCAACUUGUCCUAGAACCUUGGACAACACCAGACGAUAAUAAUGGAAAGUCCUUGAAAGAGUCGCUAGAUGCUUUGAGCAAUGCCACUCAAGCUGCUGCUCGUAUUCACCAAGUGUUCAGGGUGCAGUCAUUUCAAAGAAAGCGGCUAAAAGAGCGUGGUGAUGGGAAGCUAAGAAUAUCAGACGAGGAAGAAGCACUUUCGUUAAUCAAGGUGAAGGGAACCAGCAAGAAGCCUGACGAGCCAGUGCAAGCUGCUGCAGUGAGGAUUCAAAACAAGUUUCGGAGUUGGAAAGGUAGGAGGAAGUUCUUGUUUAUCCGGCAACAAAUAGUCAAGAUUCAGGCUCAUGUAAGAGGACACCAGGUGAGGAAGAACUACAGGAAGAUCAUAUGGUCAGUGGGGAUUGUGGAGAAGGUGAUACUUCGAUGGAGAAGGAAGAGAAGUGGUCUCCGCGGAUUCAAACCCGAGUCAUUUACUGAAGGUCAAAACACCAACAGCAUUCAGCAACGUCCAUCAUCCAGGGAAGACGAUUACGAUUUCUUUAAAGAAGGAAGGAAGCAAACAGAGGCAAGAUCUCAGAUUGCUCUUGCCAGGGUUAAGUCCAUGGUUCAGUAUCCAGAAGCUAGAGAUCAAUACCGCAGACUUCGAAAUGUAGUGACAGAGAUCAAGGAGACAAAGUCUGUUCAAAGUUCUGAAAGAGCAAGGUCUGAUUUCGAUGACCUAAUUGAUCUUAAAUCGCUGUUGGAUGAUGAUAUCUUCAUGCCUACAGCUUAGGCAUGAUAGCAAGUGUACAAUAUUGGUGAGCAGCUAUAGCAAAACAUGUAUAAAUUUGUGGCGCAAUGUCGCAGAUGCAAUUUGUCAAAUGUUGUAACUGAACAUUCAUCUCAAUCUAAAAAAUACAUCUGUUUUCUUUCUGUUCCAUGUAAAGUGUUCUCACACAUAUACACUGGCUGCUCUCUUUUUCCACCCUUAUUUUCUGGAAAAAAAAUUAGAAAGAUAGAUAGUGUGCUUCCCACCAUCAUCUGCUGUACAAUGUAAACGAACACCCUCAAAGUAUACAUUUUGUUCAACAACUGCAUCAUCGUCAUCAUAACUUGUAACCAUCUUAGCAUCUCCAGUGCUGGAGAUUGCAGAGUUUUAAAAUGGCAAGAAAAAGUGAAACUGCUAGAAAGAGGAUGAAAAAAGAAGGGAGGGGGGAAAAAACAAAGGAGAAGAGAAGAGAAGAGAAGAGAAGAGGGAAGUUCACAAAAGAGAGGAGGGAAGUCCAGUCCAAAUGAUUAAUCAAGUUACCUACUUGCAAAAAAAACAUCAAGGCCACCUUUGCUCCUCUUUCAAGUCUUGUUUGCAGCAGUGAUGCUCUCAUAGAACAAAAUAUACCCAUGAUCCGUGUUACUUGAGUACUCUUGUGCUGAACCGAAAAAUGUCUGCACGGCAGACUCAUCAAUCAUCUCCACAUUCUCAUCGUCAAAGAAUAACCAGUGAUUAUGGCUCUUCACAAGGCUGACGUAGUGUCCAUGGUUGGGCCCACUCCCAACGUGUACAACCACAGCAAAGAGCGAGUACUCGAUAUCUGAAUCUUCCAUUGUAUUGCUCAGCUUCAGCUCGAGGGGGAACACUACUCGGUAUGAUAACUUCUUGUAACGACCCAAUUGCUCGAUGUAUUUAAACCUCUUGAGGUGGAUCACGAGAAUAUGGGGUGGCUUCUUUAUCUUCAUUCUCUUUUGAGCUUCUUGUAAGCUGCACACAGCAUAUUUCCAUACAGCAUUAGGAGGCCAAACAAUUACUAUACAACGUUCAAUUCAUUGAUCACUACCAGAAACCAAAUUUAUUAUAAGAGAAAAGUACGCACACAUGACCAGAGAAACUUUGGUAUGCAAUGAGACAGAAUGCACAGAACAAGAUGCCUUAAAUUACCAUUCCAAGCAGUUGGUACAAGGACAAGGAUCAAUAGAAAUUUUAGGCUAAUACUUA